GAACACGGAUCUAUCAUGCGUGUACAUCGCGACUGUAAUAAAAUGGUUAUUUAUUUUUUGUUGAUAAAGUCCAUCGCAGUUUCCAUACGAUUAGAUAUCAUUUAUAUGUCAUAAUAAGUGACUUCAAAAGGAGUCGACAUUGUAAUACAACGUGGUUUACCAUGUGGCACUCGACUACAGUACUGUGGUACAUCGUCUGCCUGAUAGCUAUAGGCAAUGGCGACAGAUAUCAUCCCGAGAGACCUUCAUGGCGAGCCGCAGCGGCGCGGCAAGUGGCGGCGCCCGACGCGGCUGAGUACACCGCGCAGCACUGGACAGAGGAAGCACAGGCGGGCAUCCGUGCCCGCCAGCGUGGCGCGCGCGCCUCCACCGCAGAACACACCGCGCGUAACAUCGUCAUGUUCCUCGGCGACGGCAUGUCCAUCACUACGCUGGCGGCGGCGCGCACGCUGCUCGGACAGCGCCAGGGCCGCACCGGGGAAGAGUCUCAACUCGCAUUUGAAACUUUUCCUACUGUGGGAUUAACGAAGACCUACUGUAUAAAUGGACAAAUAGCUGAUUCGUCCUGCACGGCCACUGCUUACUUGUGCGGCGUUAAAGCCAACCGGGGCACCAUAGGCUUGUCUGGGGCUGUGCCGCGCUACGAUUGCGCAGCUUCGCUGCAAGAAGCAGCGCGCCUCAACUCUAUAGCGGCAUGGGCUCUCGAUGACGGACGAGAUGCCGGUGUAGUGACGACGACGCGAGUUACUCACGCCUCGCCCGCUGGAGCAUUCGCCAAAGUUGCAAACCGUCAUUGGGAAAAUGAUGCUGAAAUUCUUAAAGACAAUCAGGAUCCGAACUUGUGUCCUGACAUUGCACAACAGCUGGUGAAUUCAUAUCCUGGAAAUCUUUUUAAAGUAAUUUUGGGUGGAGGAAGACGAGAAUUUUUGCCCACUUCUAGUGUUGAUGAGGAAGGUACUGUAGGGAGAAGAACGGACGGCCGUAAUUUGAUUGAAGAAUGGCAAGCGGAUAAGAGGGCGAGAAAUGUAUCCUACGGUUACGUAUGGAACCGCAAUCAACUAAUGAAUGUUGCAGAAUCUUUGCCAGAGUAUCUCUUAGGAUUGUUCGAAGGUGAUCACCUGCAGUACCAUCUAGAAGCCGAUUCUGCAACAGAGCCGACACUCGCUGAACUCACAGAAGUUGCGAUUCGCUCGUUGAGUCGUAAUGGAAAAGGGUUUUUCCUGUUCGUGGAAGGUGGGCGAAUCGACCACGCCCACCAUGAUAACCUGGUAGAGCUGGCGCUGGACGAGACGUUGGAGAUGAGCGCGGCUGUGGCGCGUGCCGCCGAGCUGCUCUCUGAGGACGACUCCCUGAUCGUCGUGACGGCAGACCAUGCUCACGUCAUGACACUCAACGGGUACUCGCCGCGCGGCACCGACAUCCUCGGGCCCUCUAACGACCGCGACGAGGCGGGCGUGCCCUACAUGACGCUCUCCUAUAGCAACGGGCCUGGCUUCAGGCCGCACGUCAACGGCACGCGAGUCGACGUUACCACUGAGACUAAUUACAGGCGAGUCGAUUGGAUGAGCCACGUAGACGUACCGCUCGAGUCGGAGACGCACGGCGGCGAGGACGUGGCGGUGUUUGCGCGCGGGCCGCAGCACGCCAUGUUCGCAGGGCUGUAUGAGCAGAGCCAGCUACCGCACCUGAUGGCCUACGCCGCCUGCAUCGGCCCCGGCCUGCACGCUUGCAGCGCUGCCGCCACGCAUCUCUUGGCUCCGGCGGUUCUAACAGCAAUAGCUUUUUUAUUUUUAUCGAAAUUGAUGUAAAAUUUAAGUUAAAGAAUUAAAAAAGUUUCGAAUUUUUA